AUGGUCACCAACCACUCGAAAUCUCACGAUAGCUACAUCAAACAGUCCACGCGGCUUCUCGAAACCAAGAAGGUUGUGCCUAGCAGCUUCGCUGGCGUGUCACUGCAUGACAGCAUUUGUCGCUUUCAUAAUUUAAUCCUAGCGGCGAGCGACUUCAAGAGUCACGAGCCGGCACUGUAUCGCGGACGGACUCCGCGCGCAUCUGCUUUCGAGCAGCUUUCACCCACACUUUCUUAUCAGCACAGGCUGACGCAAUUGCACGACGUCAACGGUGCCGAAAGGACUACUGGUGCUCCACUACGAAGAUCUUGGUCUCCUCGUCGUCACUCCUUUCUUGACAUUGGAGUCACUACUACAUGGCACAAAUUACCGACUAAACAGGCAAUACUCGAGCCCUCGACAUGCGCGGGUCUUCUUCCGAUUGCACCGACUGUCAUUUGUACCAUAGCCAUGCGCAAGUCACACACCUUCGCCCGAACGAGUACGACUUCGCUUGGUCACAGGACCGAUUCGACACCUCCUGUUUUGUGGUUCCUGCUCAAGCUGUCGGCGAAAGCUAACACCCGCGUGAACACCACGUUCAUACAGCGUGACGAAGCGCGCAAAGGCGAUCCGUGCUACCUUAAACACCGCCUCGUUGGCCAAGAAUACUCCCGCCGGGGCUUAGGCAUGAACCGGUCGUCACAACAGCGAAGAACGAGCGCACUGUUCUUACCAUCAGCUCUGGACACCAUUCGUCUCAAUCCGAAUCGAUCAACAACGCCAACCCCAGGCACCAUCCAAUCCCCUGAUCCAUCAAACUUAUCAUCCACCCUGAUGUCGUCCUACGGUUUCAGCUGGUGCAGCUGCCCACAUUGCGGAGAUGCAAACACUCAAUCAUACGGACUCAUGUACGGAUCUUCCGUGCCAUACUACGACUCCGGCCACCAGCACUCCAUCUGUCAGUGGUGCUAUCUCUGGCAGAACUUCGCUCCAGGAUACGUAAGCAUAAGCAUAAGCAUCUACAUCCAGGAAAUGUCGAAUCUCUACCGUCAACACGGCGACACAUUCGAACAAAUCCACGACUUCUUCCGCGGCCAACCCGCUUCGAGAGCAUACAUUCGUCGUCUCAUCAGAGCAAUUGGAAAAGUCAUUGAUGGAGUCAAUGAUAUGAGAUAUAGAUCUCAAAGGCUGAAAGAGCUUUGUGCGUAUCUGUAUGAUCUGGCGGAGCAAGUUGAUGGUGGCGUUGUGUAUGAUCCGAGGUACUAUGCUCGACUUCCUAGGAGUGGGGGGUUGUAUAGAUUGGAUCGACGGAUUACUUAUUGA